AUGGCCAAACACUCGAGCUCUUCUCCCCGCGAGACCUCCGGCUCCUCUGGAGGCAAGAAGGAUGGUUCUUCGGGGUCAGGUUCCAGGACAUAUACUACUUCUUCUACUUGGUACUGCAACAACUGCAACUUUGGGCCCAACAACAUUAACAUCGACGCCUGCUGCCCCAACUGCCAGCAUCGGCGCUGCAAAUAUUGCAGGGUCACCACGACCUCUGUCGCCUCUGGCAGAUAA